UUCUGCGCACGAGGCAGCUCAGUUAGAGCAGUGACACCGCCGGCCGGGGGCGGUUAGGUCGAAUGUGUGGUGACCUGUAGUCCGACAAUUGACCUCGACCUAUCAUGGAGCCGGCCAGCGCACCGAUUUCGGCCACCACGGAGGAACGGCGCCGCAGAGCUAAAGCGGGCGUGUACUCUCCAUACCCGUUUCGCGUGGACGGCCGCCGACUGCCCACCUGCGUGGCCUGCAAGAACCACGGCCUCGUGAUGCUGACUAGGGGCCACCGCAGCCGCUGUCCGUUCCGCAGCUGCACCUGCGCCCAGUGUACUCGACACCAGGCUAAGAACUCCAAGCGACUGGCGAGUAAGCAGGCGGCCCUGUCCGGUCCGCCAUCCUCCCGGCCUCAGGUGGCAUCUGAGUGA